CAAACACAUCUCAUAUCCUUUACUAAACAUCCAACAAUUCUCAAUCCCAUCAUCUAUCCUCCACAAUCACAUAUUCACCUAAGUUACAAUCUUGCUCUUCAUAUCCCUCCUGCCAUUCUCCAGCAUCCGAGACAUCAAUGUCGUCAUAGAUCUCACCUCUUGUGAACAGUCAACAUGCCCCGUUUUCUCUAUCUACGAACAUAUAUCCUCCGGUUUCUACAAACUCUAGGGAGAUACUGUGAUUUGUACCUUUCCACACCACUCCCCCAAGCUCCAACUUUCACAAGAAAGAUAAAAUCGACUGUUGGGUCAUGUCCGGGAGAAUUUGAGUUGCUAUUUUAUACUCCGCCCGGAUAUGCGGAUUUGGGUAAUAAUGAAAAACUACCAUUGCUUGUUAACUUCCAUGGCGGUGGCUACACAAUCGGCCACGCCGCCGACGACGCCCGCUUCAUAACCGCCAUCCAAUCCCGCACUCCCUGCAUCGCAGUCUCAGUCAACUACCGCCUGGCCCCCGAAUUCCCCUUCCCAACAGGAAUUAGUGACUGCGUCUCCGCACUCCUCUACCUCUGGUCCACCCCCAUUGCAUCAUCUCUCCACAUCGACACUUCCCGCACCGCCCUUUCAGGCUUCUCUGCUGGCGGCCAAUUCUGCUUUACAUCUUCCUACAUGCUGCAUCAGCAAAUAGGAAAGCUGAGAAACGAAGGCAAGAUAGAGGAAACGGAUAUAGGGAAACUCGUAGGAGUAUGUACUUUCUACGCCCCAGCCGAUUGGACGAAAAGUCGAGCAGAUAGAGCGAAGAGUAACCCGUUAACUCAACCGCUAUCACGGAUCCCCGGGCUGUUUUUCGGGAUGUUUGAACAGGCGUAUUUUCUAUCUUUCUCGCGGCCUCAAAUGAGGCGGACAGAUCUGGAUAUGGCGGAUCCGCUGUUGAGUCCGGGGUUAGCGAGUGAGGAGAUGAUCAAGGAGGCGUUGCCGGAGAAUCUGUGUAUGAUGACUUGUGAGUGGGAUAGUUUGUUGGUGGAGGGAGAGACGUUUAAAGAGAGAUUGAAGGGGGUGGGGAAGAGGGUUGAGGGGUGUGUUGUGAAGGAGGUGCCGCAUGGGUGGGAUAAAUGGCCAAGUUGGUUCUGGCCGUUUGGGGGAGGGGAGAGGAAGAGAGACGAGGCGUAUAAAUAUUGUGGGGAGAUGUUGAGAGAAUUCUGGUCCUGA